AUGGACUUACUUGUCUAUUUAAAUGAAUCUAGCUGUAAUAGUGGACUAAUUGAAUGCACAGUAGUGUACUUAACCAAAAGACACGUAGUGGAAGCAAAUCAAAAGCGCGUAGAAAAAUGUAAACUAGUCAUAGAUUAUUACUUCAGACAAGUGGUCCCCUUACUUGUUACCCUUCAUAUAUGCAGUUUUUGUUUCUCUUGUUCAACAAUAGUCAGCUUCGUCUCGGCGCUUCGUUUUGAGCUGGAAGCCGGUAGAAAUCCAGGUCAAGAGAAGUGCAUCAGAGAAUUUGUUCCUGAAGGUCAAUUGGUGGUAGCUCGCAUCAAGUCCAGUGGCUUCACUGGUGAUGGUCAAUCUUUAAGGCUUCGUAUGUCCAAUAGUAUUGGAGAUGAGUAUAGAAACAUCGUUGAUUUUGUUGACAAUGCUCAAUUUGCAUUUGCUGCUACCUCUUCUGCUUUAGAUAUUUGCUUUUGGAACACCCAAACUACCAACACCCCCAAAACACUUGUACGUGAAAUUGAAGUGGAAGUUGAAGCUGGAUCUGCUGCGCGUGAUUGGAAUGCAGUACAGGCAUCUGAAAAACUUAAACCAGCUGAAGUAACGCUUCGGAAGAUGGAGUCUCUCGUAGAUGAAAUUCUUAACGAAUUGGAGUAUCUAAAAAGGCGAGAAGAGAGACUAAGGGAUACGAAUGAAUCCACGAAUAGAAGGGUUAGAAAUUUCUUUAUAGCUGGAAAAGCACUUCUGAUAGGACUUGGGUUAUGGCAGGUGAAUUAUUUAAGAAACUACUUUCGUUCAAAACACAUUUUGUGA